UUGAGGAAAAUAAUAAGUAAAUUUACUCAAUAGGAAUUAAAAUUCUUACAAGAAUUGUAUUUAAUAUGUGUGCAUAUAAGUAUAAUUGAAUCCAGGGAAGAGCUAGGUGAUUUAUUUGUAACAUAUUGUUUUAAAAGUGCAGCGUAGAGAAAGAAUGAGUCGAUUGAAAUAGCAUUAGUAAAUAGACGAAUGACGGUUACCGUUUCGCGAGAUGAGAAAAUGGAAUGUUGGAAUGGCAAUUGGUUUUGGAGCGAGUGAUGCAAUUGUAAGAGAAAAAAAUGAUAUAGAAUCACAAACAAGAAAGGUCCUGCCAGCCUUUUCCAGACCCCGGGGUCACUCCAGACCUGUACCUACAGAGCCCUCCCCAGUGCAUGCCAGAACAUCGGGGCCCUUGUAUCACAUGCGAGUGCGUCUAAGGUGGCGUCGAUGGACAAAGCAGCCUCGGAGAAGGGGGGGGGGGGUGGUGCUUUUGAUGACAUCCUAGUGCCUUCCUCAGUCGCUAAGGUGGCUGUUGCCCAUCGCCAUCACUUUUGUCCGUGUGCACCGGGAGUGCAGCGGCCCAAUGUGCAAGUGCGAAGCAAGUGGUGAGAGUGCAGCCCUGACGACCGCUACACCCAAGCCAAGUGAGACGUUGCCCUGCAGACCAGGGUGCUGAGGCUAGAGGAGCAGCUGCUGGCAGCUGACCGCCUGGAGGAUGAGCGGAGGCACCCUCGAGAACUGCUGGCUCGCGCUGACUGGGAGAAGCAGUUACAGGCCUGCUGUGUGAUGGUUGGGUUCGAGUCCUCCAGGAGGGACGAGCGGGCGUCGUCUCAUGCCAUGGCUGGAGCGGUCAGCGGCACAGUCACCAGGUUCCUGUGCCAGCCGCUGGAUGUCAUCAAGAUAAGGUUCCAGUUGCAGGUGGAGCCAUUAUCUGCACGAUGUGUGGAGGCCAAGUACUGGGGUGUGCUGCAGGCGGGUACUGACAUCGUGCACAAUGAAGGCAUGGCCGCACUCUGGAAGGGUCACGUGCCCGCGCAGCUUCUCUCCGUAAUCUACGGCACCACCCAGUUUGUGACAUUCGAGGCGCUGACUCGGCAGGCAUGGCGGUUGGCUCUGCUGCAGUCUGAAGAGCUGCGUCCAGCGCUGAACUUCUCGUGCGGGGCGGUUGCAGGCUGCGCAGCAACUGUGGUCUCCUUCCCAGCAGAUGUGGUGCGCACCCGCCUCGUGGCACAAGGUGACCCUGGGGUUUAUAAAGGUCUCAUCAACUCAUUCGUAGUCAUCUAUAAGACUGAGGGCAUCCCUGCAUUUUUCAAAGGUCUUCUCCCAUCAUUGAUCCAGAUAGCGCCUCAUGCGGGUGCCCAGUUUGCCUUCUACAGUGGUUUCAGAGACCUUUGGAAAAGAUAUGAGGCAUCGGUGCCAGCGACUGCCGCAACUGACAUGACGGUGGCGGGGUCGUUGGUGUGUGGCUCUGCGGCCGGCCUGUGUGCCAAGACGAUCGUGUAUCCUCUGGACCUUAGCAAGAAGAGGUUACAGAUGCAAGGCUUCGAGGCAGCCAGGAGACAGUUUGGCAAGGUGUUCCGGUGUGCCGGCCUGGUGGACUGCGUGCGCCAAGUUGUGCGGCACGAGGGGCUGGCUGGGCUCUUCAAGGGCCUGUGGCCCAGUGCCAUCAAGGCUGCCACCACCACGGCACUGCACUUCUGCAUCUACGAGCAGGUGUGCCACCUGCUGGCAUCUCACCCCUGUUAAUUGCAACACAUGUGUUCCUUCUUAAGAGUAUUAGGUAUUUAUUUCAUUGUAGUUCAUAUUGGUUUCAUUAGCUUGGUUGUAAGGUACUCGUACUAUAUUCAUUAAAUAACGAGAUUUCAUGUCUCCCGCCAUACAUUUUUCCUGGGCAAAAAAUUAUGUUGACCUCCCAUUAUUUUUGUCACUCAUUAUUACUACAAUGGUUUUUAAAUACGAGGAUCAAGUUUAUAAGGGGGAAACAUGGAAGGUGCUAGUGAUUUGUAUGUGAGUAACAAAUUAGUCAUAGUUAUGUUGGUGUGUCUUUAUACAUCAGUCUGGCUGGAGCUGAACUGGCACCAAUAGAUCCAGUGACAUUAGUCAAGGUUUGUGUUUGAUGAACUCUUAAACAAUGGUCAUUGUUAAUAUAUAGGUAUGUUUAUGCAUUGUCUGUAUGGUGUUUAAUUGGACUGUGGUAUACAUUGGUUUACAAUUCACUAAAAAAAGUGCCUUUAUUUGUAAUGUGUUGUAGCAUCAGGUGUUAUUUAUUGUAUGUUUCGCAUUAAAAAUAGGUAUGCUGUUCCUUCUUUUGUAAAGCCUGUCUAGCUUAGGAACAUUGGGAUAGGAGCCCAGAAUCUGGCAUGGACUGGGGUUUACAUGAAUGGAGCAGAUUAGGUAUGCAAGGUAAAUGGUAUCAGGUACACAGACAUUUUAUUCAAACAUCAAAUCAUAACAUUAGGUUACUGAUGAGGUUAAGUGAAUACAAUUUAGGCAAGGCUAAAUACAAAAAUCAAAAACAAUGAUUUUAGACAAAACGGGCUUGUUAACAACAAGCUUCGAAGGUAAGCCGGCUACACAGUAAGUGAUCCCAUCAUACAACGCACAGUUGACGCGAAGCAAAAGCAUUGCCAAGUAUGCAGUUAAAUUCAGACAUUUAACGUUUAACAAACUACUGCAAGGUGCAGUUACAAUUAAACAAUUAAAGAAAGAAGUUACAUUAUUUACGUUUUACAAAACUACUGCGAAGUGCAGUUACAAUUAAACAAUUAAAGAAAGAAGUUACAUUAUUUACGUUUUACAAAACUACUGCGAAGUGCAGUUACAAUUAAAGAAAGACGUUACAUUAUUAAUAAAUAAUCAAAUACGUGGGACGACGUCUCAGGGGGAGACAGUUACCAAUAAAAACGAAGUUGACAGUGAAGUUACGUUAAUGCAUUAAUCCAAACUAAACAAUUUUCAAGGUGGCGGCCGAAAAGGAAUUUAGACAGACCAAUUCAAGAAUAAAUGACUCUACAUUAAGGUAAGGGCCACCGUCUCACACACAACUCAAACCAACUUACAUUUUCCCCUGAGGUCGCACACCCACGUAGUUCAAACUGAACCUAACGGACUACAUGCUAGUAGAUUACAACAGAUCAGCUACUGCUGACAACCGAGUCUGACUAAAACCAGAAGCAAGAAAGAGGCUCCUGACAUGGUUGCAGCUCAAUUUAUAAGAUCGCGCUGCAGCGCGCGCAUGCGCCGAUCAAGGUAGGGGGGGUGAACGAGUAGACAUAGAACAACCACUAGGAGGGGGGAAAAGGAGGGAGAAGGAGAAGGGGAGCGGAGUGCCGGAGGCCGAUGCGGCGCGCACAGUUCAAACCGCUACACUUUCAGACUUAGUAUCACAUAAAAGAAGUAAGAUCUGCUAAAAAUAUCUCAAUUGUGUUGUUAAAAUAAGUGUAAUUACUGAACUUAAUGUUUUUAGUCAGCUUACUCCUACUACUUUCUAGUCUCAUCGUGGUUUGUGUCCUUUGCCAAGUGAUUCAUCUCUGGGAGUCCUGUGCAUAAGUAAUACCAAGGGAAGAGUAUUUUCUUAAAUACCACAGUGAUAACAAUUGAUUUGCUAUAAACACAAAAAUUAAAAUGAAUUAAUCAUAUGAUUUGCAUGAAAAAUUAAGUUCCCUUCAUGCUAAAAUAGAAUGUUAACUGAUAUCACGUCAAAAAUUACCGAAGAGUGUUGUAUCAGUAGAAAUGGUAGUGUGGAUGCAACGCGCAUAUGUGAUGUUUCAUAUAAGAUAGAACCAAUCUUUUGUCAGUAAGUAUGUAAUUUUGAUAUAUAAAAAUUAUUUGAUAUGCUUUUACCUGAGAACUGUCAACAUUGGGCUGUGUCUUUUUUUGUAGAAUGUAAAUGGUAAAUACCCAGUUUCAAUAUUUUAAUGGGCAUAUAUAAUUAGCAACUAUUCAUUUAAACCCAUAAUAUACACCCACCCCUUGGAAUAAUGCCAUAAUUCAGUCUAGGAAUACAGAGCGUUAAUAAAACAUGUUUUUUUUUUCCACAAGAGUGCAUGUUAAUCUUAAUAAUUGGUUUCCCAACCAUCAAAGUUUCAGACAAGACACUUCUAAUUACAUUUGAAAUACAUUUAUAUGAUGGUUGAAUUAUAUUUUGUGAAUCAAUAUCCUAAAAAUACUGUAUUAUUUAGUGUUUAUUAAGCAAUUGUGCCAAACAUUAUUGGUCUUUAGAUGGGAUUUCCCAUAUUUUAAAAUAAAAAAUCCAUGACAAAAUUA